CGGCAAAAUGCGCGAAAAUAGCUAAUUUUUUUCAUGCAACGACCUUGCUGCCUCAAACUACAGAGGAUUACAACGAAAGUGCACCUCACAAGGGAUAUGUAGCAGCAAGCAUUAGCCAUAAUGAACACACCACAGGUGCAGAGCUGGAAGAGGACAGAGGCUUCGCUGGCCCACGUGAUGCCCCUCCUUCACCUCAUGCCGACGAUGGAUUCAGCAACGCAACUGGUCGUCAUCCACCAUAACACGGAAGGACUGUUUGGUCACCUAGACGAUAUCGUGAGUCACCAUGAGCUGCUGUUUGCUGAUGUUUUGUGCUUUACAGAAACACACUUCCAACAAUCAGUGACUGCUGGAAACGCUCGCUUGGAAGGCUACACGAUGUUUCACCGGAACCGAAGUGCUUCCUAUUCAAACUGUCCUGACUUGGUAACAAAACUUGGUGGUGGCGUUGCUAUAUGUGUAAAAAAAAAUCACAUUGUGGCCAAGGAAAUUAAAUACAUUCAGGGCGAGACGGAUUUGGAGUUUGUCGUGGUGAAACUUGACUCUCCUGUCAAUGUGCUAAUUGCUGCUGUGUACAGGGCUCCGGCCCACAACCUGCGCUCCUUCCUGCAAAACCUGGGAAAUUUGCUUUGUUCCCUUGAGGUGAUGGAUAAUCAACAGAUCUUGGUAUGUGGAGAUUUUAAUGAAGAUGUGUUUUCAGAUGCGCACAAACCCAUUUUUGAACUGUUUCUCUCAAAAGGUUACAAGCAACUCAUCACUCCCAUCACCACUGAGAAGUACACAUUGCUUGACCUCAUUUUUGUGUCUAAACCUCAGUGUGCUCUUCAUUCAGGUGUCCUUCGAACGUACUACAGCUAUCACAAUCCUGUCUUUUGUGUUUUAGGCGAUGAAAGAACGGAAAAGAGACAAGACUUGGAGAGCAAGUGCCAUAAGUGUGCCUUUCACACCAGGGUGGAAACUAGCAUGACAUGUCUUCAUUCAUUUAUCACUGUGCCUGAAGAUAUUAAAGAGAAGGCCAGGCACCUUUUCUAUCCCGAGGCACCAUUGGUCACCAUCCAGGAGGCUGCUGCAGCGAAGCCCACCGGCAGCCUCCUGACAUUGCACGGAACCGUCAGUUCUAUGCGUCCCACAAGAAUGUGGAGAAAGCGGGGGGACGGGGCAGGUCCCCAUGAGGACCUUUUUCCUCAAAGCAGAAUGAAAAAGCAUAAAGAUAAUGUUGUGGCAGGACGUAGCCACAAAUCAUUUAGAAAAAAAAACAUACAAAUUCACCCACCUUGUUGGGAAAAUUAACGAUUUUGGCUACGUCCUGCAUUCAGCAGCACACACCACUAUUCAAGAAUCAACGACAGGGCGGCAACACACGUUAAUUGCCUACAACACCAUCAUGGGUGGAAAGAUGGCAGUGACCGCCAGUGGGGCCACCCUGACAAUUCCAGGGGCAAUUUGGGAAGCAGCUUUUGGGGAGGGCCAUCUGCUAAUUCCUGCAGA